AUGGUCUCUACCGGAUUUAGGUAUGAGAAUGUUAGCGUUGAUGCGAUUCCAGCGACUAUCGACUGGAGGACCAAUGGUGCAGUCACUCCGAUCAAGGAUCAAGGGCAAUGUGGUUGCUGCUGGGCAUUCUCGGCCGUGGCAGCCACAGAAGGCAUCGUGAAAAUUAGCACUGGCAAGCUCAUCUCUCUCUCAGAACAAGAAUUGGUGGAUUGCGAUGUCUAUGGUGAGGAUCAGGGUUGUGAGGGUGGCCUGAUGGACGAUGCAUUCAAGUUUAUCAUCAAGAAUGGAGGGCUAACAACGGAGUCCAACUAUCCAUACACGGCUGCAGAUGGCAAGUGCAAGAGUGGAUCGAAUAGUGCUGCAAACAUCAAGGGCUACGAGGAUGUGCCAACCAACGAUGAGGCUGCCCUAAUGAAGGCCGUGGCAAAUCAGCCCGUGUCGGUGGCAGUGGACGGUGGAGACAUGACAUUUCAGUUCUACUCUGGUGGUGUGAUGACUGGAUCAUGUGGUACUGACUUGGACCACGGGAUUGCAGCCAUUGGUUAUGGAAAGACCAGUGAUGGAACCAAGUAUUGGCUCAUGAAGAACUCAUGGGGCACGACAUGGGGUGAGAAUGGUUACCUGAGAAUGGAGAAGGAUAUUUCAGACAAGAAAGGCAUGUGCGGACUAGCUAUAGAACCUUCCUAUCCCACUGAGUAG